CACAGCGGCUCCACUAGCGUCCACCAGUCCUGCGGCGGAAUCGGCGGCGGUGGUGGCGGUUCUGGUCGACAGUGGUGACGCCGCAGUCGGGACUAGCCGCCGCCGUCACGGCCUUGGCCGGUCUCGCGUUGUUCGCCGCGAUUUUAUUCACUACAACUAGGUAAAAGGAGAAAAGGAAGAUUAAAAAAGAAAAUCAAGACACGAUCAAGAAAUCACAGUGAAAGGAAAACCGCAGCAUUUAUUUGGUGUAAUUUAACUUAAAGGAGAGAACAAACGAGUAAAAAUAUUAGGUAGAUGAGAGCUCUAAGACGAAGUCACACUUCGACAUCAUCUUCAAAUCUGUCGUCGUCACCGUCAUCCUCUUCUUCUUCAUCGUCGUCAUCGUGGAUCCAUUUGCGUUCAGUUCUGUUUGUUGUUACUUCUUCCUCACCAGCUUCUUGUUCUUCCUCUGAUCGGGGUCGGCUCAAAUCACCAUGGUCUCGACGUAAAACAAAACACGCCCUUACACCUCAGCAAUGGAGGAGAUUAUUUACACCAGAGGGCAAGCUCCGUGAUGGUGGAAUCAAAUUCUUGAAGAAAGUUCGCAGUAGGGGUGUUGAUCCCAGUAUCAGGGCAGAGGUUUGGCCAUUUCUCCUAGGAGUGUAUGAGUUGAACAGCUCCAAGGAAGAAAGAGAGAUUGUCAGAACUCAGAAAAGAAAGGAGUAUGAGAAACUCCGCAGACAGUGUAAAUCACUCCAAAAAAGCGGCAAUGGUAGUUUUAAGUUGAAAGUUGGAACUGGCUGUAAUGGGAAUAGCAGAAAUCUCGUUCAAGAAAUGGACACGUCAAGCUCUGAAGACGUAGUUAGCGCCAGGGAGUCUCUUUCUAGUGAGGAAAUGAGCCCAUAUAUUAUGUAUUCAGAUGAACCCUCCAAAGCAUUAUUGGAAAGAGAUGAUAGUUUAAGACGAAUCACAAAUGCUGAUGCCUCUGCUAUGAAUACUGAAUCAUCUGACUCGGACUCCUCUGAAGACCCCGAAGUGAUUCAAGCUUGUCCUUCAUCAGUAGGUGGGGAAGAAAACGUUCCAGAUGUUCCUUCAAAAGAGAACACUCCUCUCUCAAGCACAGAAGUCCGAUCAAGACUACGUGCCUCUGAAGAUUAUGCAACCUGGCAGCGUAUUAUUCGUGUUGAUGCUGUACGUUCAAAUUCCGAAUGGAUACCAUACUCUCCAUCUCAGGCUGCUGUAUCAGAUGGCAGGGCACGCCGUUCAGCAGAGGCUAUUGGGUUGAAGGAUUUUGAUCACCUGGAACCCUGUAGAAUUUUUCAUGCUGCACGACUUGUUGCUAUUCUUGAAGCUUAUGCACUAUAUGACCCCGAGAUUGGCUAUUGCCAGGGUAUGAGUGAUCUACUUUCGCCAAUAAUUGCUGUGAUCACUGAGGAUCAUGAAGCUUUUUGGUGCUUUGUUGGUCUCAUGAAGAAGGCUCGCCAUAAUUUUAGGCUUGAUGAGGUGGGAAUCCGAAGACAACUGAAUAUCGUCUCCAAGAUAAUCAAAUCCAAGGACUCUCACCUUUAUAGGCAUCUGGAGAAGCUCCAGGCGGAGGAUUGCUUCUUUGUUUACAGGAUGGUGAUUGUAAUGUUUAGGAGGGAAUUGACAUUUGAACAAACAAUUUGCCUCUGGGAAGUAAUGUGGGCAGAUCGGGCAGCCAUUACUGGUAUCGGAAAGUCUGCAUGGAGUAGGAUAAGGCAGCGAGCCCCACCAACAGAUGAUUUACUACUAUAUGCAAUUGCAGCUUCUGUACUGCAGAGAAGGAAAUUGAUCAUAGAGAAAUAUAGCAGCAUGGAUGAGAUUUUGCGGGAGUGCAACAGUAUGGCCGGGCAACUCGACGUGUGGAAGCUUCUAGACGAUGCCCAUGAUCUGGUGGUAACCCUCCAUGACAAGAUCAAAACGUCCUUCUCAUGACUCAGCCGUUUUUACAGUACUUAUCUCACUAAUUCAUACCUUGAUGGAUCCAUUUCGCAUCCAGUUACUUCAACGGUAUUCUAUACACUCAAUUUCGCAGCUGUUUGCUUUUCUAAAAGGUCAGUUAAGAUUGGCCGAGUGCAAUUGAACAGCAGUCUCAUUUAGAAUUUUUAGCCGUGGAUUGCAUUCCACCAGUUGGUUUUUUUGGCAUGCGAUUCUCAUGAUUGUUACUGUAAUCAGAUAUUCAAUAGCAAAAGUUAGAUGGGGAUGGAAGUCGGCCUGUACUUCUCCCUCUCAAAGUCAAUCACCAAUCCAAUGUGUACCAUAUGGAUUCAGGAAUGUGUAUUGGUAAAAUUAUCAUCCCUUCUGUUACUU